GUUGUGAUUGAAAAAAGUAGAGAAGCAAAGCAUCGAACUUUUAUGGCUUCAAUUUUCUUUGAAUAUUGAUCUGAUUCGAACAUGUGACUUUGGGUCUCACCCCCUCGCAAGCGACUAUCUUCGAAUUUUCCUGCUGGCGUGAUUCUCUAUUCACACAUGUCGAUUCUACAGCCAUUGAGCCCGCAUGAGCCGGAGUACAAGGCUAUUUCAACCUUCAAUAUCAUACAGGAAGCAGGUGUUGACCAUGAAAGCCGACCGAUCUUAGUUCUCAGCGCUUGCAAAUUACCUGAUCCUAAUGUCAUAGAUUACGAUCUGAUCUUGAGGUUUAUACUAGCGAGACUGAACGAGUUUGUGGAAAGUGAUUACGUACUGGUCUUCUUAGCUGCACCGGCAGCAUAUCGCCCGCCGUGGCUGUGGCUGUUAAAGGCUUAUCGUGCCCUUGAUCGAAGAUACAAGAAAAAUUUGAAAGCACUUCAUGUUGUUCAUUUAACACGAACAUAUCGCAUGAUCUUUGAUCUUGCCAACAAAAUUACCAGCCCUAAAUUUGCUCGAAAGCUCCAUUAUUACAGUUACCUUAGCGAACUCGAACCAGUUAUUUCUAUAUCUCAACUGAAUCUACCAAGUGCUGUCCGGCCAUAUGAUGAACAACUCCAACGACCCAACACUCCUCCCGCAUAUGCUAGUCGAGAAGGCAAAGCGUUACCUGGUCUUGCUUUUGGUGUAUCUCUUGAAAAGCUGGCAGAGUUCGACAAUGCUAGUGACGCGGAUGAGGACUAUGUGCCCAGCGUUGUGAAACAAAUAAUAGAGCACCUGCAGCAGAAUGGUAUAUCACAGAAAGGAAUAUUCCGCAAGUCCCCCUCGAGUGAAGAGUUAAAGUUUGUGAAAGAUGAGCUCAAUAGAGGCGUCAAGAUCGAUCUUUCGAAAUACGAUAUUCACUUAUCAGCGUCACUACUGAAAGUGUUCUUCCGUGAUCUCCCCCAAGCUCCGUUGUCAUUGGAUUUUGUCAAUUCUGUGGGAAACAUCACAGAUGUCACGGAGGAAACCUUGCAACAUUUAAGGACACAGUUUCAACAUUAUUAUGGCACACAAACCAAACUCAAGUCGUUGCUCCGAUAUUUGUUCUCGUUCUUGCACGACGUGUCAAAUCAUUCUGAUCAAAAUCUUAUGACAGCCCAUAAUAUUGCUGUGAUUUUUGCUCCCAAUCUACUACGCUCUGACGAUGAAAGAGCUAUGCCAGACCCAGCGACGUACCUGCAGCAGAUGAACAAGGGGAUGGGCCUUGUAAGGUGUCUUAUUCAGGAAAGCGAACUUGUAUUCGAGCAAUAAAAGCGGGUGCUGUUUGUCUAAACACGUCACAUCAUACCCCAAUUGGGUACACUUAGUUUCGUAUCGGCGAUUGAAAUCAAU